UUGGUUGCGCGGCGCGGCGGCGGGUCGGGCGCUGUGAGGGGAGGCAGGAAAAUGGCGCUGACGCAGGGGACGAAGCGCAAAGUCUGCUAUUACUACGAUGGGGAUGUUGGGAAUUAUUAUUAUGGCCAAGGACACCCCAUGAAACCGCACAGGAUCCGCAUGACCCACAACCUGCUGCUCAACUAUGUCUACAGGAAGAUGGAAAUUUAUCGUCCUCACAAGGCCAACGCCGAGGAGAUGACCAAGUACCACAGCGAUGAUUACAUCAAAUUCCUGCGCUCCAUCCGCCCUGACAACAUGUCUGAGUACAGCAAGCAGAUGCAGAGAUUUAAUGUUGGGGAGGACUGCCCUGUGUUUGAUGGGCUCUUUGAGUUCUGUCAGCUCUCUGCUGGAGGCUCUGUUGCCAGUGCUGUGAAGUUGAACAAACAACAAACAGACAUUGCAGUCAACUGGGCAGGGGGGCUCCACCACGCCAAAAAAUCAGAAGCUUCUGGAUUCUGCUACGUCAACGACAUCGUCCUGGCCAUCCUGGAGCUCCUCAAGUACCACCAGCGAGUGCUGUACAUUGACAUCGACAUCCACCACGGGGAUGGGGUGGAGGAAGCUUUUUACACCACAGACAGGGUCAUGACCGUGUCCUUCCACAAAUAUGGAGAAUAUUUCCCAGGAACUGGGGACCUGAGGGACAUCGGGGCAGGCAAAGGCAAGUACUACGCUGUGAAUUACCCGCUGCGCGACGGCAUCGACGACGAGUCCUACGAGGCCAUUUUCAAACCUGUGAUCUCCAAAGUGAUGGAGACGUUCCAGCCCAGCGCUGUUGUGCUGCAAUGUGGUUCUGAUUCCCUGUCUGGGGACAGGCUGGGCUGCUUCAACCUCACCAUCAAAGGCCAUGCCAAGUGUGUGGAGUUUGUGAAGAGCUUUAACCUGCCCAUGCUGAUGCUGGGAGGAGGGGGGUACACGAUCCGAAACGUGGCUCGAUGCUGGACCUACGAGACUGCUGUGGCCUUGGACACUGAGAUCCCCAAUGAACUCCCAUACAACGACUACUUCGAGUACUUCGGGCCUGACUUCAAGCUCCACAUCAGCCCCUCCAACAUGACCAACCAGAACACCAACGAAUACCUGGAGAAAAUCAAGCAGAGACUCUUCGAGAACCUGCGGAUGCUCCCUCACGCUCCCGGGGUCCAGAUGCAGCCAAUCCCUGAGGAUGCUGUGCAGGAGGACAGUGGGGAUGAGGAGGAGGAUGAUCCUGAAAAACGAAUUUCCAUCAGGAAUUCCAACAAGAGGAUCUCCUGUGAUGAGGAAUUCUCGGACUCGGAGGACGAGGGCGAGGGCGGCCGCAGGAACGUCGGCAGCUUCAAGAAAGCCAAACGUGGGAAGGGGGAGGAGGACAAGGAGGAGGAGGAGAAGAAAGAGGAGAAGGAAGAGGAAAAAGCAAAAGAGGAAAAAGCAGCAGCAACAGCAACAGCAGCAGCAGAGCCCAAAGGGGUGAAGGAAGAGCCCAAAUCCACCUGAGUGGCUGCAGCUGCCCAGAUGUUCCAGGUUUAACUCCUCCCCACACAUCUCUAUUUUCUACAAGUUCCCUGUACAUAUUUCUAUAGAAUUGUAUAAAAUAACUGGAGAACUGUAAAUUAUUCCUUGCUGGGAGGAUCCAGGGCAGAUUUUUUCACCCUUUGCCUUCCACUGCCUCUCCAAACCCACAAAAAAUCCAGAAUUCCAGCAGCAAUAUCUGCAAAGAUCAAUUCUUGAUUUUUUUUCCCUGUGUUUUUUGGUGUUUUGUGUUGAGAAGGGACAAUUCCCAGAGUGACCUUUGGGCUCUGCACUUGGAUUCCACCACAAAAAAAAACCAACAAAAACCAGAAUUCCUGCCAGCUGGUGCCACUUCUCAGGGUCAGAGUUGUGCAGUUCUUGAAUUGAGUUGGCUCCUCCCUGCAGCAAACUUGGGGAAAGAGGAAGCAGCUGAAAACAAACCUGAAAAAUCCUUUUUUUUCCCCUUUUUUUCCAUGUUUUUGUCCCUUUUCUUUCCCCUUUUUAUU